UUCUGCUCGAAACGACGAGACCUGAGGUCGUCGACAACGGGCCAUCUUGAGCCAUCUUACGCACUGGAACGAAAGAUGUCGAUGACUUCGAUGAAACGCGAUGAAAACCUCGUGGCCGGGGAGGAUUCUUACCGCGAUUCAUCUGGAAACAAGUAGCCAAAUGCAGGUCGAGAACAACGCGGUGGUGUGCAAGCCAAGACCACGCUCAAUCAGCAAGUAUGAGCACUGCUACCACGCUCCUCGAUAUUCACUGCAGGCUUUGAAGUACCGGAUCCGACCAUCGAUUUCGCCGUGUUCGAUUGCCGGGACCGGAUUGAUCGAUUGCCACGCCUGGGGGAAUUUCUUGGCUGUGCGUCUUGCGGAAGCUGUAUCGUAUCGGGCCCGCUGGGCUCCAUACUGAACCAGUGUGAGUUGUUUUCACACUGAAUUAGCCCAUCUAUCCGCAGCUCGUGGACCACAUUGCAAGGCAAUGCAGGUAACGACACAAAUUUCGGCUGCGCGAGGUGGCUUGGCCCGCCUGAGAACCCGACGAGGAUGCCGUAUCGCCAGAAUAGACUAUGGUUCGUGAUUGGGUUCCGAUGGACUGGGUCCCAUCGAAUCCGGUUUUCUGCCUUUCUUUGUGAAGUUAUCAAUCGACUUCCGCUGCGUUGGGUCUGUGCACGGUUCGGGAGGAUGAGCUAACCGUUGGAUUUCUCUCACUGUAGUUUCUCGGUCUCAUUCGGUCCUCACCGAGCUGGUCUCGUAUAAAUGCUGGCUUGAAUCGACGAAUCCAACCAGGUCCUCUCCCCUCAGGUCCUAUCCCUCGGCAGCCUACUGGCAAGCGUCUCGAAAUGGCUUUCGCAUUCGCUCUCUCUGCUCUAGCUGCUCUUGCGGUCUUUGUUUCUGCUGCACCCACUCCCGAUGUGGUGUGCGCGGAUGGCACUCGCGUUCCCAGCAACGUCUGCUGCGCGUUCAUCGCGGUCGCCCAAGAUCUGCAGGCGAACAUCUUCCAGAAUAUUUGCGGCGAGGAUUCCCAUGAGGCUCUGCGUCUCACCUUCCACGACGCUAUUGCGAUCAGUCAAUCUCAGGGCCCUUCUGCCGGUGGCGGAGCUGACGGCAGCAUGCUCCUGUUCCCCACGGUCGAGCCCAACUUUGGCGCCAACAACGGAAUUGACGACAGCGUGAACAACCUGAUCCCCAUCCUUGCCCGUCACAACGUCUCGGCUGGAGAUUUGGUCCAGUUCGCCGGCGCAGUCGCUGUCGGAAACUGCCCGGGUGCUCCUCGUCUCGAGUUCCUCGCCGGCCGCAAGAACGCUGUUGCUGCAGCCGUCGACGGCCUGAUUCCUGAACCGUCUGAUUCGGUCACCAAGAUCUUGGCCCGCUUUGCUGACGCGGGAAACUUCAGUCCCUUCGAGGUCAUCUCUCUGCUCGCCAGCCACACUGUUGCCCGGGCCGACCACGUCGACCCCACCGUUGGUGCCGCGCCGUUCGACUCGACCCCCUUCACGUUCGACACCCAGGUGUUCCUCGAGGUCCUGCUCAAGGGUGUCGGCUUCCCGGCCCUCUCGAACAACACCGGUGAGGUCAUGUCGCCGCUGCCGCUCACUUCCGGCAACGACACCGGCGAGUUGCGUCUGCAAUCCGACUUUGCGCUCGCCCGCGACCCGCGCACGGCCUGCUUCUGGCAAGGAUUCGUCAAUGAGCAGGAGUUCAUGGCCUCGAGCUUCCGCGCUGCGAUGUCCAAGCUGGCGAUUCUCGGCUCCAAGCGAUCGGAUCUCGUUGACUGCUCUGCGGUCGUUCCCAUCCCCAAGCCCGCCGUCAACAAGCCCGCCACCUUCCCUGCCACCAAGAGCGCCAAGGAUCUCCAGCUCACCUGCAAUGCGAGAUUCCCGACUCUGACCACCGACAAGGGUCCCACGGAGACGCUCAUCCCGCACUGUGUCGACGGCGGCCAGAACUGCCCUGGAAUCCAGUUCGCUGGCCCGGCCUGAGGCUACUGCGACCCCUCAUAUCAAUUGUCAUCGGUGCCCACAUUCAUUCCCCGCGCACUCCGGUUAUAGUCUAUAUAUGUAUGCUGAAGAAGUUCCCUCCUUUCAUCCGCGCCGAGCUGAGAAUAUCCACUAUCGCUACUACGAUAUUUGAUUUCGCAGACAUGUUUUAUUAAGAAUGUUUAUACUUGCGAUCGAU